UCACAUUUACAUUCGUAAUGCGCAAUGCAGAUUCCAAGAAGCAAACGGUCCACCAUCACGCGAUCCUAACAAACUUAUGCCAACACACUCGUCUGCCACACUAUCGUAACACGCAGAUGAAUUGCAUUUGGUUUUCGGAGCAAGCACGACAAUGUUCUGUCACUACUCUAUCUCCUUAGUCCUAUGCAAUGCUAUCACUAUUUCAUCGCAUUCACCAUCGUUCACACAGGCACCAUAUCUCGUUCUAGCGAGCUCUCUUCGGGGCGAUGUCCACGUCCACAAAGACUGGUGGUGAUACGCCAAUAGUUAUAUCGAUGGACCCUGCAACUACUUUUACUACCACUAUACAAGUAGUAACCAGUACAGUCGAAGAGAAGACUUCUCCAGAGGUUCUGACUCAGCCGGCUGAAGUGUCAAAACCGACAACAGAAAGCGCGCUUCUAACAUCAUUCGACGUCUCGCUACCUAACCCAACGUCUUCCUUGAUGGUAGUCGUAUCGACAAUAGCCACCACUUAUGCUGACGAUGAAGAGAAGUCGGAAGUGUUAUCGAGCGCUUAUACUUCCUUGAGAUCUACUCCUCAGACGACUAUCGCACCAUCUUCAUUCGAUUCAGUAUCACCUACAACUGCUGAAUCUUCCACUCCAUCGCAACCUGAACCUGGUCUUAGCGUAGCGGCGUCAAUUGGGCUAGGUGUAUCGAUGGGUGUCGGAGCAUUUCUUGUCAUAGUAGGGGUUCUAUAUGCAGUGUUCGGACGGUAUCUAAGGAAUAUGAGGAGAAGUUCGGAACGUCGGAUGGGUGCAACGAAUGUAAACAGAUGGUGGAAAGGAAGAAGACGGGAUAGUUGAUGAUAUUGAGUGAAUUAAUGAACAAGAAUUUCUCCUUCGUCUGAAGCAUGAAGAGUCCGUACUUCCUAAAUCAUCUUCAAUCCCUUAUAUCACCCAAGUGUUGUUUCCUGAUCACUACCACCAGGAUCAUGUUAUCCCCAUAAAUCUCAAUAUCAGGUAGCUGAUCUGGCAAGCCCAUAGGACCAUCUUCCAAUAGAGUUA